AUGAAUCCCUCGAGAGACGCCGUCGUGGACGUACGAAGAGCGAAGAACUCCGACAAGGUUGCGAUACAACUCACCUUCCUUGACGGCUCGACGAAGCGCCUCGAGCGCGUCGCGUCCGAGAGCGUGAGUAAAGCAUUUGCAAGACUCCGUGCGUCGCUGAAGAAGGACGGGCGCGCAGACGUGGAGACGAUCACACUCAAGGACUGCGCGGAGGACGCAUCGCACGACGACGCGUGGCAAAGCGGCGGCGAACUCACGGUGGGCGACGAGCGGUUUCGCGUUCGAUUGAACGCACCAGACAUCGGUGGGAUCGUUGCGGUAGAUUUCCCAAUGGUUGGAUUCCCUUGCGCGGCGACGGCGGUCGGGUUGGAUUUUUGCGAGCAGGAAGACGUUGCGUUUGCCUGGAGCGUCGAUGGGCGAGAGGUUGGCCAAGGACGCGUGUACGCGCCGACGGAGGAAGAUGUGGGGAAACGCUUGAUGGUACGCGCGCUCGGGGCACGAGAUAGAACGACGGGAGAGAUGUGCGGACGAGAGGUAGAUUACGAAUUCGCUAAUGCGGUUCGCCGGUUGGACCUCGAUCGUACAGACGCGCUCGAGCGUUUGCGUCCGGGCGAGACGUCCAAGAGAGGUGAUUUGCGCGUGAUGACUUAUAACAUUUUAGCCGACGCGUACAGUCAUACGUGGCAAACGAUGUUUCCAUACUUUGCAGAUGACUUAGCGAAGGCUGAACGUCGGUUGCAGCUUGUUUUGCAAGACAUUUUGGAAGCCGAGGCGGACGUCGUUGCUUUGCAAGAGGUUGACAAGAAGUGGCACGAGCUCUUGUUCGAGCCCGUGCUCGCAUCGCGUGGGUACGUCUCCACGGAUUGGUGUGGUAAGUCGGGACAAACGAUGGAGGGGAGCGCCAUCUUCUUUCGAUCUUCGAAAUUCACGAUUCUUGAAGAGCAAGUCAUCAAGCUCAACGAAACGAGCGACACGCAAAUGAAGCGCUUCAUCUUGGAUGACGAAAACUAUGAACUAGCCAACGCACUUGCAAAGAUCACGACCGUCGCGCAGUUAGUAAAGGUGAAAGAUAAAUCGACACAGCGUGAGAUGUGUGUUGGAAACUGCCAUCUUUUUUUCCAUCCAGGAGCGAUGCACAUAAGAAUUAUUCAAGCUCACGAGCUUCUGACUCAAGCGACAGCCUUCGCAGACGGUGGUCCGCUCAUGUUAUGCGGUGACUUCAACGGCGAGCCCGAGGAUGGUGUGAUUCGAUACAUAUCCAAAGGUAAGAUCUCCGCUGCCGACUCGGAUUGGAUUCGAGGUUCACUCUUCCGCUGGGGAGGUACAAGCUCUCGAGAAGCCGCGAGAAGCCUCUACUAUAUCCUGGAUGAUGGACACGGAUACGAAACGGAUCGCAAUUAUAAGGUAGAGAACUCCUUGGAGUUGCGCGCACUCGUAGAGCGCGGGAUUUGCAUGAGUCUCUCGGCUCGGACGCUCGACGAGAACUGGGGCGCCAAGUGUAAGUGCGGCUCGUGCGACGACGGUGACGGCCCAAUCGUUGCCGUGAAGAAGCACGUCAAAUCUGGAUGCACGUUCAAGAACUGUCAUGCCGUCGCUGCCUUCACGCUUCGUCGAGAAAUUGGUCUCGAUCCAGGGCUCGAAAUGAGCGAAGACGAGCUCGCGAUGGCCAAACGCACGUCCACGAUGAUGAAGAACGCGCAAGACGAGGGAUUCCGAGUGGUAUCGUCGCUCCAAAUCCAAGCCCUUGAAUCGGCCGCCCCGAUCGACGGCUCCACCGUACUCCCUGUGGGGUGCGGCGCGACAUUAUCGAUCCCCCGCCCGCUCUUCUCCGCCGGUGGAUUCCCCGAGUGGACCAACUACGUUGGCGGUUUCGUCGGCGCGCUUGAUUAUGUAUGGUGCUCCUCUGAGGCGUUCCGCCCGCGCAACUUCGCGCCCCUCCCACCAAUGUCCGCCGUCUUACAAUCCACCGCCUUACCCAACGCCGUUUUUCCGAGCGAUCACAUCCCCGUGGUCGUCGACGUCGACCUCAUCUAG